AUGAAUGGACAAGCAAAUCCUUCAAACAACAACCACAUACAAAACAACAAUGUUAAUGAUAUAGAAGAAUUAAUGUUUGAACAACAACAACAACAGUUGCAAGAAGAUGGGGUACUACAACAACAACAACAAGUUGAUAUUAUUGACGUUGAAGUAGAUAUAGAUAAUAUAGAUGAAAUGACAAUAGCAGCAGCAACAACAACAACAACGACAUCGACAACAGCUACACCGAAAUCAACAACACCACCCAUUGGUACACCAGCAUUACCUAUUGUGGCGUCGAGCCUGGUGGAACAGUGUUUCGAAGUGAUCAUGGCGAAUCUCGAUUACUACCAGAGUAGCGACCUCUCCAAUGUGCUGCCGGUGCCCAUCAAAGAUAAGAUGUUUGCAUACUACACGUCAAAGAUAUCGAACGAACCUUCGACUUCGCCAUUCCCCAUCACCAGCUACCCGGAGGACCGGUAUCGCGACGUCCAACUCGUCAAUAGGAUCACCUGUCAGCGAGUGAUUCCACUGUGCUUUGCGAUGUGGUCGUCGCUCGACUACCGCUACGAGAAGGUGCGCAAACUCAUCGAGGAGGAGGCAUGCGAUGUCAACGAGAGUGACCUCGAAGGAUUCUGUCCGCUUCACUACGCCGCCAUCUACGGACGUAUCGACGCUUGCAAGUUGCUUCUCAUGCACGGUGCCGACUGCAGCAGAAAGAACAACUUUGGUAAGACACCCGCUGAUUUAGCACAAGAUGUAAAAGUACAACAAAUGAUAAAAUUGAGAGCAAUACUAUUCAGAAAAGAAGAAGUAAAAGAAAUGGAACAGGAUCUCAUCGUAAAGCGAAAGAAAAUAGAGGAAUACAAAAAGAAAAAGUUGAUCGAAGACUUUUUAUCAAAUUCAAAGCAAUUCAGUUCUGUAUUGGAACAAAAAGGUUAUAAUAUGAAGAAGAAACAAUCUGUACAAUCACAAACUCAACAACAACAACAACAACAACAACAACAUCUACAACAAAAUUCAACUUCAACUAUAUCUAAUAAUAGUAAUAAUAACAACAACAACAACAAUAAUAAUGAUAUAUCUCAAUCCAACAACAAUAAUAACGGUUUAAAUUUAGGAAAUAAUAAUAAUAAUAUGAUAUUGGAUAGUAAUAUAAUCGAUUCAACUGUAAAUAAUAAUAAUUUAUCAAUUACUUCACCUACACCUUCGAUUGUGAUCGAUGAGAGCAAUGCCGCUGAUAAUACGCUGAGAACUUUCAUUGCUCAAGUCGAUCUGCCUACCACUCAGCAGUUGUCGGGUGUCAGUAUUCCGCAUCAUCAUCAUCAACCAAAUUCCUACUCGCAAGUCACUCAUUCACUUAGUAAUAUGGCAAUCAGUAUCCCACGCACCAGACAGAGCAACAGUACCGGUCCAAUACCACAUCAUACAAUCGGACUUGACUCGCUACUAGUCAACCCUCAAGAACAACAACAAGUAAUCAACGCACAGCAACAACAUCAACAACUUAAAUCCGAUAAUUUUAAUAAUAACACCAUCACUUUUACAUCAUCAGUGGUAACAACAACAGCAACAACAUCAUCGUCAGGCGAAGACAUUUCAUCAUCAGCAUCCUCAACGACAUCGACUACCGCCACAUCGACACUCUCCAUUGCCAAUGUUGACAAUAAUAGCAUUAGCAGCAACAGUAGUAGUAAUAGCAAUAACAACAAUAGCAAUGCCGAAGUUAUAAGAUCUAAUAAUUCAAAUGCCGAAUGCUGUGAAGUCGAUAAUCCUGUACUAAUGUCUUUAGAUAAUAAUAAAUCAUGCCUAUUAGAUAAUAAUAAUUAA